UCCGCCUUUUUGACAAAGACGGAAGAUUUUCCUUUCCAUUUCUUUUUUUCGUAGUAAUGGCACCCAAAAAGCCUGCCGAGAAAUCCGCCAAACCCGGCGACAAGAAGCCAGAGAAGAAGCCAACGGCAACUUCUGCAGCUGGCUCGGCUUCAACUGCAAAACCUGCUGCUGCCAAGAAAGCUGCACCCGCCAAGAAGCCCGCUGCUGCCCCAGCUGGUGGUGUCAAGAAGCCUGUAGCCAAGAAAGCAGCGCCUGCCAAAAAGCUCGCCACCAAGCUCAAGCCAAAGGCUAAGGAUGCUAAGAAGAAGGCUGCCGCUGGCAAGAAGCCACAAUCACUCUUGGCUAAAUUGUCGGCGAAGGCUCGCGCCGCCGCUAAGGGCAAGAAGGUCGCCGCUAAGCCCGGUGCUAAAGUGCAAAAGGGUACAGCAAAGGCUAAGGCUGUUGCUUUAUUGAAGGCCAAGAAAGUGCAAACUAAGAUUGUGAAGGGUGCUUUUGGUACACGCACACGCAAGGUGCGCACCAACGUGCACUUCCGUCGGCCAAAGACUCUGGUGUUGCCACGCCGUCCUAAAUACCCAAGGAAGUCGGUGCCAACCAGAAAUCGCAUGGAUGCUUACAAUAUCAUCAAAUACCCAUUGACUACUGAAGCAGCCAUGAAGAAGAUUGAAGAUAAUAACACGUUAGUGUUCUUGACGCACUUGCGUGCUAACAAGAACCACGUACGUGCUGCUGUGCGUAAACUUUAUGACAUUAAGGUAGCCAAGGUCAAUAUUUUGGUGAGACCUGAUGGUCAAAAGAAGGCCUACGUUCGCUUGGCGCGCGACUACGAUGCACUGGAUAUAGCUAACAAGAUCGGCAUCAUAUAAACGUUGCGCGUUUUUCGUUUCUUUUACGUAUAGAAUUUUUCAAAGAAAAAUAGACAUUAAAAACCGGAUAAAAGUAAUUUUUAUCUAAAAUAAAAACAAAAAAAUAUAUAAUAUUCUAAAUUUGGCUUGAGCGCAGGUACACAACCAUCAUGAUUCAAUAAUUAAUUAAUAAUUAUUAUUGAACCAUGCACAAACAUGACAAUACGGAAUGUUACUAAUUCGACGCUUAACUGACGCUGACUGUUAGGGGGAAGAAAGUUUUUAUUUUUUAUUUUCAGGUUUUCAAGUGUAACUAUCUCAUGGUCGAGGCACAUAUGUUGGAAACUCGCUAUUUAAAGGUCUAUCUUUCCAACUUAUAGCCGAAUUAUGCUGAAGGAAAGACUUUCACCUAAACGGCCUUC